UGGGCGGAGGUGUGUGGGGCUGAUUGUUGGGUGGCGAGGGCGGGAGCAUGCAAGGGAGCCGGUGGGGGUGAGGAGCCGUGGAGGGGGGUUAGGGGUCGGGCUCUGGGCGUGUCAUGCACGCGGGGUGCCUGAAGACAUGCACGGCUGGUAGCCGGUGGUGGGGUGAGCCGGUGGUGUGAGGGUGGUUGGUGCCUUUGUGGGGUGGGGGUGGUGUACAGUGAAGUAUGUUGGCGUGGUAAUGGCGGGCUGCUGGGGACGAUGGGGGCUGGAGUCGUUGCAAUUGACGUGUGUUGUGAUGCAGGAGCGCUGGGCUGGGGUGUGCGGUGGUGGGGGUGCAUGGUUGCGUUGCGGUGGUGCGCUGCUCCCUUCCGUUGCUCGCUGCUUGCCACCCCCACCGUCACCUCACGCAUCCGUGGAGGCGGUGAUGAGGGUGGUGCUGGUGGGGACCCGCAGUCAGUCAGAUGGACACAGCCAGGAGCUAGCAGCCUGGUGUGUUGCAUGCCUGGUGGUGCGUGGGGAAGAAUCAGUUCAAGCAUGCGGUAGUCUCUUUCCUCUUGCUUUAGGAAUGAAAUUAAAACCUCGUAGAUGCUCGAAGACGUACGGUACUGCAGGGGUGGGGCACGUCCCUGUCGUACGACCCGCCGUACGACCUGCUUGCAAGCUCGCAGGGGGCUGUUGGCGGGGUGGGGGUGCGCAGCCUGCCAGACAUGCAGUGGGGUACCCUGAUGGUGGGACCCGGAUGAGACCUUGACAGGACCUUUUGAUAGGGCCGUUUGAUAUGGCGUUGCUGGUGUGCCCUGCAGGGCGUGCAGGGCUGCAGGUAGCAAUGUGCAGGAGGUUCUGUAGCUCAACAUUGCUACAUGGGAGAUGGCGGGCGCCUUUAGGCCCUUCACAUGGCAGGCAGGCGCAUGUGACACCUUAGCCGCACUGGACUGCUUGGUGGCUGCGGGUUUGUACUCGGAGUCAUCAACCAGGCAUGCUGCCCGAAUGCCACAUAUCAGUAAGCCUCGCUAACAUGGCUAUACAGCACCGUGUGCCUUCGCUUGCCGUGUCACUUUUGUCGAUGUGGUUCCAUCGUCAGUCGGGACCCUUGGGACUGCCUAAUGCCAUGUACAGCUGUUCUAUUUCGGCAAGCCCGCUGAUGACUAUGGUGCCUACGGGUGCUAAUGCAAUAAGGGAUGCAUCGGGCAAAAUGCGAAUGCGACGUCCAUAAGGACUGUACGGCGGUGCUGCGUUCGAUAGGCUCCGAACCAGUAGCAGCUUUCCCGGGACAAUGUGGCAGUAACUGCAAGGAUACAGAGCAUAAAUUGAGACAGCUGCCAUCCUACUUUUGACACCACACAAACUUGGCCACACAUUGCAAGUAGAACGGAACAGUAUGAAUUGCUUAGCAAUGAUUACCCAAUUGGUUGUUCAGUGCUCAUAGUCGACAAUUAUCCAUAAUUGUCGUUAUGGGUUGCACCUGACGAAGACUGCUUAAUGCAAUUCACCUUCGGCGGCUGAAACCAGCAUAACUUGGCAUCUUUUGCCGAUUUUCGCUUAUAAAGAUGCAAUAUCGGCAUAAUUCGUCCGUUUUGCGGGGGCCGGAAGAGAGAAGGCAACCCUUGGCAAGCAAAGACGUCUCGGCGUUGCGCGCCGAGCCUCGACAUCUAUAUGGUGGAGCACCUCGGGUUCAAAAUCAGUCGCGGCGGCUGCUCGCACCCUGCACUGUGGCCGCGCCGCAGCGUCCUGCGGUUGAUUCCGCUGCUGACUCGCAAACCCUUUUGCUGAGCCAGAAGCUUGAAGCAGACUUCCAGCUGACUUCCAUGCUUGCUGAGUCAAGCUUUACGCGACCGCAAGUUCCAAACGUACCAUCUUCACCGCCCAGCACCUCGGCUAAUGCCGAUGUUGCCAAGGGUGCCCAUGUCGGCGACCGCUCCUUUGCGGCCGGCUCCAGGCGCCGCUUUCGCAGCCCAAAGUCACGCCGCACUCUGAGCUCCGCCAGCUUCUACGGCGAAUACUGCGACGCCCAGGCUACGCAGCGCACGGUUGCCAAUGUCUGGCAGCGCGUCAUGUUGGAGCACCAAGAUGCUGCUGUUGCCGCUGCUUCGGAGGACCAUGCGAACACCAGCAGCAGCAGCAGCAGUCAACCUCACGACAGCCGCGAAGACAACCAGGAUCACAACCUCCCAGCAUCACCAAGCGACGCAGCCCAGGUGCCGAGGCUCCUCAGCGAACGCCGUACCCCCCGUGACGCCUCACUCCUUCCACCACCCCCCUCACCCGCCCCCGCCCCCGCUGCCACCACCACCACCACCACCACCACCGCCUCGGACCCCAGUGGCCGAGGGGCGGUGGCUCCCUCCCUCACCAAGGGCUACCCCGCCUGGCUUCCAAAACCCGCACGCAUCAUUUCCGACCACCCCGAACCCCAGCCGCCCCAAGCCGCAGCCCCAGUCCCGCUCCAACAGCUCAACAGUGGCAGCAGCAGCAGCUGGCUCAGCGCUGUCGCAGCAGCAGCAGCAGCUCCUGCCCCCACCGCCGCCGCUCCCCUCCCCCCACGCCGUGUCGUACUCUACCUCGGACCAGAGUUCGAGCUACAGCUGCCGCCUCCCCCCUUGGAGCCGCCCCCCGACCAGCUCCUCCUGCCGUACGGCCCCCACGACCCGGCGGCCGCAUGGGACCUGCUGGGCGUCAGCGUCGGCAGCGCAGCUGACGUCAGCAGCGGCGGCAGCGGCGGCGGAGGUGACGUCAGCAGCGGCAGUCACGUCGACCCGGGUCCCGCCUGGGAGCUGAGUGAGCGGGAGCUGCUGGCCAGUCUGACGGCGCCCCCUCCGGAGCCGGUGCGGGGCUGCAUGCUGGCGCCCUCGCCGCAGCUGGUGCGGGCGGUGCGAGGAGGGGGCGGGGGCGGAGGCGGAGGCGGGGGUGCGACCGCAGCGGCGGCAACGCAGGCGAUGGCAGGAGGGUUUGUUCCGGGUGGCGGCGGGGGUGGAGGGGGCAGCGCUACCGCUGCCGCUACCGCCACACCACGUAGGCGGGGCAGGCCGCCGCUGUCGCCCUGCCCCUCCCCCUCCUCCUCGACUGCCGCUGCUGCUGGCGCUGCUCCGUCCACACCCGCCCAGCCGCCCCAGCAGCACCGGCAGGAGCAGCCUCCUGGUCCCCCGGGAGCGGAGCAGCAGCCCUCCACUUCCCCCUCCGCGCCCCCAGCAGGCAAGCUGCUGGUGCAGCAGCGGGACCUGGUGGAGGCGCUGGUGGGGCGGCAGGGGGACGAGGAGGUGACGGAGGCGAUCAUGCAGCUGUCCGGCCGGCGCGGUGUGACCGCUGUCAACCGCGCGCUGCAGGUGCUGGGCGGGCUGGGACACGUGCACGCGCUGUGUCGGCUGCUGACGCUGCAGGUGGCGCUGGGGGCGGCGAACGAGCACACGUACGCGACCGCCUUCCGCUGCCUGCACCGGUCGGGGCGGCUGGAGCUGGUGCUGGAGACAUUCCAGGAGGCGGUCAGGUCCGGUCGCGACCUGGGUCCGGUCGCCUGCUCCACCCUGCUGCACAUCGCGGCCCGGGAGCGCAACCUGCGGCUGGCCUGGCAGCUGUUCGAUGGCAUGGUGGCGGCCCGGAUGACUCUCAACCGCUACUCGUACAACUGCAUGGCGCACGCGGCGGCCCAGUACGGCAGCCUGCAUGACGUCAUCCUCAUCUACAACAUGAUGAAGGCGGAGGCGGCCGGGCAGGGACCCAUGGCGGCGGCUGCUAAUGCUGCUAAUGCUGCUAGUGCCGCUAGUGCUGGCAGCACCAACCGCAGCGCUGGUGAGGGCGCCGCUGAAGCUGAUGGCGCCGCUCCUGCUAAGGAGGAGGCGAGCCCUCUCGCCACUCCUACCAGCCCUACCAGCGGCAAUGUCAGCAGCAGCACAACCCCCAGCACCCCCAACAAGCGCGGUGGUGGCAGCAGCUCCCUCCUCGUCGCGCCCGCCCCCGCCCCCCGCCCCGACUGCUCGCCCGAUUCCUACACCUUCUCCGCCCUCGUCCGAGCAGCCGACCUGGCGGGUCGUGGCGACCUGCUCCCAGCGCUCUUCAACGAAAUGGCGGCUGUGCAGCGAGCGCAGGAGCGGGCGCGGGGGCGGCCCCGGGCUGGGGGGGUAGUGGUGGGGGCGGGUGAGGGCGAGGGCGAGGGCGAGGGUGGGCCGAGUCUGGAGGUGUGGGGCCACUUCAUCGCCGCUGCCAGUCGGAGUGGGCAGCCGGAGCUGGCGCUGCGGUUCUUCUUCUCCGGGCGGCGGGAGCUGGGGCUGACCCCCAACACGCUCAUCUACAAUGCGGUGCUGGCGGCCAUGGCCAAGAGCAGGCCGCUGUCCGAGGUGAUGGCCGCAUACCGCGAGAUGGUGCAAGGCUGCGAGAGGCCCGCCCCUCAGGGCAUGACCCGUCCCCGACUGACCCACGGGUCAUCCUCCCCGCCUUCCUCACCAGCUUCCACGACAUCCUCCUCCUCCUCUGCCGCCACGGAGGCGUCUGAGUCAGCGACCAACCAACACAGUGACAGCACCGCUGAUGCCAACGGUCACGACAACAGUCACGACAACGGUCACGCCAACGGUCACGAUGACAGCGACAGCGACUUCGGCCCGACCGUCCUGCAGCCCCCCCUCACCCCCGACCACUACACCUUCAACGCGCUGCUCACCUCCGCCGCACACCACCAGGCGCCCCUGCGCGCGCUGGACUUCAUCCGCCGCGAGAUGGCGCGACACGGCGUCUCCAUCAACAUGCACAUCGGCGCCUCCCUCAUCAACGCGUACCGCAAGACACCCGAGCUAUCCUUCGCGCGCGCAGCCGCCCGACCCGCUGCUGCUGCUCCUGCUUCCACCUCCUCACCCUCCUCCACCUCCGCACCCAAUCGUCCUCCAGCCCCGGGUGCCCAGGCAGCCCAGGCCGCCGCCGCUGACCGGGUGGUGGCGGAGGCGGAGGCGGUGCUGUGGGAGCUGGUGCGGGGGGGGGCGGCGAGCCCCACCGGCUACAUGUGCAUGGCGGCUCUGUACGCGGCGGCGGGGCGGCCCGAGGCGGUGCUGCGGUGCGUGCGGAGCAUGUUGGGUGCGGGCAUGCGGGUGAACGAGUCGAUGGUGCGGUUCCUGCUGCAGGCGGUUGAGGAUGCGGAGCUGUACGGGCUGGUGGGGC